UGUCUUAUGACGUUGAAAAUCUUGGUGAUUAAUUAAGGAAUAAGAAUAAUCUUGUUUUUACUCGUGAUAGACCGUUCUAAUAAGUAGUAUGAAUCGUUUGAGAUCGUCCCUCAAUUUCAAGUUUCAUUUUAACUCUUAUGAGUUGCAAGAAUAAUGAGUAUUCGAAAUUUCGAAUGGAAGAUAACAGGUGUAUGUGUAUAAUAAUAAAAUUAUAUAUUUUGAUUCUUACCAUAUCUUCAGAUGUAAAAUAUUUGUCACAUCAUUACUUAAUAGUGAUACCCCAGAUAUUCUUGGUCAUAAAUUCCCGAAGAGUGAAAUUCAACUUUUUCUGAUUUGCAUGUAAAAAAAGCUGUACAGUGACGUACGGGCCAAUUGUAGCAGUUUUGGAUGUCCUGUGUUAACGGUUGAAGUACUGUAGUUUUAAUGGCUGACAUGGAAGCUGUAGUGGCAGUUGCCAUUAGUGUACUUGCUGUAGUAUUUUUGGGAUCUUUGGUAGCAUUGAUUGUAAUGUGUCGGCAGAAAUAUUGCCGCCAGUCAGAUCUCCUAUCUUCUCAUUUUAAUGACAAUAGGCCAGAUAUUCACCUUAUCAAUACGGAUAAUUCCACAAAUGUGGACCUUGAUGAUGUUCGUCUUCACCCCAACAUUGAAAGAAUCAUUGCUGAUGAACAGUGGGUUGAUGAUGCAACUGGAAUUGUCCCACAUUGUCUAGCCAUUCUCAAAAAGUGCCACAAUUUAACUGAAAGACUUGUUGCCAUGACAAUGAGCAGUGUGUCUCACCAAUCACAAAAGAAGUUAUGGGAGAUUAUUGAAGUUGCCAAAAUGAUCAGUCCCAGGGUUGAUGAUGUUGUGAGGUCAAUGUAUCCACCAUUAGAUGCCAGGCUAUUAGAAGCCAGAUGCAGUUCUUUGCUGCUCUCUGUAUCCCACCUUGCUUUGAUGAUGAGAUUUGCAUGUCAUAUUUCAAAAUCUCCACACUGGAUUGAUGAAGCUCUAGCAGACAUGGAAGAGCACCUCCAAGUCCUAAGAGAUGCAGGAUAUGCGGACGACACUGAAGCUCAACUAAUGAAUGGUAACAUCCACACUGGUCAGUCUGGAAACACCAAUAUUGCGUGUUCAGAAGAAGCAUCAAUUUCACUACAGAGUCAUCUUCCAAAACCUUCCACUACAGAACCAGUUUAAAUAUUUAACAUUACCAAGAAAACUGUCAUGUUUGGUUUUCAUGUCUCUCUUUUGAUCAGGAAGCUGCUUCUGUAGUGCUUAGUUAAGCUAGGGAAACUGAAUAAGAUUAUAAAACUUUGUUUCUUAAAAUGUAAUACAGAUGGAUUAUUUUUUUAUUCUUCCACUACAGUUGAACUCAAUUUGAAACCUCAUUAUUCUUAAGACUAAGCUCCUCAGUAUAUACAUCCAAAGAGGCAUUGUUAUUGUUGAAACCAAAAACUAGUUAAUAAACUCCUCAAACCUGUUAGAAAGAAAGUAAUUUGAGCAUUGUCAUAUAUGUAUCAGUAUAAAAUUUGUUGUUCCACUGCUCAUUAAUUGUGACCCUAGUAGUUUUCCUGGUUAUUGAUUUAAUGUGAAUAGUUGUAAAAUAUACAGAAAAGUUGAUUGGGUUACAUAGGAGCUAAAGAUUAUUCUGUGGUACUACACUGAAAUUUCAAAGACAUAAAGGUUUUAUGGUAGUUUACCUAUGAAUUAUGUCAUUGGAAAGUGAACCAAAAAAGUAUACUGAGAAUUAUAAUUGGUCAGAGUGCUAUUGUCAUAAGGCCUUAAGUGUGGCAUGUUAGCAGGUUCUUUAAACAUUCAGCAGUGGUGGCUAGUAAGUGGUGUAGCCUAUAUUACAUCCUAGAAAUUAUAGUUUUUAUAUGAAUCUAGAUGCACUGUUCAGUCACCCCUUUUUUCUCUCUGUCUCUAAAACACACAAUGUUUUUAAAUAUUGCCCCCCACAAAUUCCUACUCCACCAAUAUCCAUUGAUAAUGAUAUUCUAUCAUAUUCAUGUAGUUCAGGCAUUUGCAUGAAACAGCUAAACAUCUAGCUGAAAACAUUAUAUCACAAUUGAGUUUUUAUUUUUAUAAUAUCAUAAUUUUUCAUUUAUGUAAGAGUUUACAAAUGCUUAUUCAGAUUACAUUACCACUGACUACAUUGUUAAUUGUGUGAUUCCUUCAUUCAAACAGUGACCGUUAUGGUGACUGAUAUUUUAUUAGUAGUCUUGGUUUUAUUUGUGAAAGGUUAAAUUAUCUUAUUACACUUUUGUUCUUUUUACAUACGUACUGGUAACUUUUAGACUGUUUGUUUUAAAUCAUGAAUAUGUUAAACUAGUUUUUAAUAUUUAUCAUUCUUCAAAAUAUUUCAGAUAAGUGUUACAAUUAUGUUAUAAAAAGUAUGGUAUACAGCUUUAGCAUCUGACAGAGGUCAUUCUUACAUUGAAGAAAGAAUGUAAUGUUAGCUUUAUAAUCUGUCAGAGAUCAGAGCUACAGAUAAACCAGAAGACUUGUACAGUUCCAACAAAUAUCAAAUGUCAUUAUCACACUACAGA